CCAAAAUCUCGUGAAAUCUUGCCGGAUGAGCGUUGCUUUUAGUAACUUACUCGACAUCCAACCUAAAGAAGGAUUUUCAGAAAUCAUCUAAUUCAACCAUCAGAAAAUGAUUUAUACUGCUGUACAAAUGAGUUUGAAUGAACCAGAUAAUGAAGAGACAUACACCACUGCCUUAUACGACUAUGAGGACUACUACAAUGUAGGUGUUGAUGAAUCUAUGUUAUCCUGUGAUUAUGGAGUUCAUGCAUCCAACAUCCUGCCUGUGUUAUACUCUCUGUUCUUCGUGAUGGGCCUGUUGGGUAACCUGCUGGUGUUAUGGGUGAUGUUGAUGGGUGUAAAGCUGAGAAGCAUGACUGACAUCUGUCUCCUGAACCUGGCAUUAGCUGAUCUCCUGCUGGUCUCCUCUCUCCCUUUCCUGGCUCACUAUGCCAGAGAUCAGUGGGUCUUUGGAGGCCUCAUGUGCACCAUGGUUUUAGGCGUCUAUCACAUUGGAUUCUACAGUGGGAUUUUCUUUGUUGUACUGAUGAGUGUUGACAGAUAUUUAGCUGUGGUUCAUUCUGUGUCUGCGCCAAAGAUAUAUGGGAUCUUAGCCAGUGUGGUCAUCUGGAUCAUUGCUGUUGCAGCAUCGUUUCCUGAGCUUAUGUACCUGCAAACAAAUGAACACAAUAAUAAAACAUACUGUCAGUCUUAUCCAACAGAUGAUCACAACUCUCACCAUUUUGCAAACACUGUUGGUAUUAUUAAGAUGAAUGUUUUAGGAUUAAUUAUUCCACUGUGUGUAAUUGUAUUUUGUUACUCAAUGAUUCUUCACAGACUCCCAACAGUUCGCUCUUCCAGGAAACAGGCCGUGAGACUUGUCAUUGUAGUGAUGGUUGUCUUCUUCUGCUGUUGGGCUCCAUAUAAUAUUGCAGCUUUUAUGAAAGCAUUGGAGCUAAAUAAACUCAUAGAGACAUCCUGUGAAAAAAGCAAAGCAAUCACUCUUAGUCUUCAGAUCACAGAAGCUCUGGCUUACUCACACAGCGGCUUAAAUCCCAUUCUCUAUGUGUUUGUAGGAGAGAAAUUUAGAAAACACCUUUUCAGACUCCUUUACAAAACACCCAUCAGCAGAUUACAGUUCAUGAAGAGAUACCUUACACAGGCUACAGGAUUGGUUUAUUCACGUACAACCAUUGUGGAUGAGAUUUCUACAGCAGUGUGAAUGGAGAUAUAAUAAAAAAACUGUUAAAUGUGGGACUUUUAGAAGAAUCUCUAGAAAGAAAUGCAAUAUAAUAUACAUAACUAGAUUAUUAGUGGUGUAAAGACCUAAGAGGUUUGCGCUCACCAAGGGGCAACCUUCUGAUCUUUCAGAUGAAGCCAAUACAGAAGUGAUUUAAACUGCAAUUCAUCGACUGGCCACUAGAGGCAGGCUCCAAAAGGGAGUCAAUUCCCAUAGACCUCCAUGUUAAAAUGCCCACCUUUACAGUAGAAAAUAAUGUUUACAGCCUGGUAUAAAAAGUGUUUUUGGUCUAGCUAAUUUUGCCCUUGUUGACAACUGUGAGGGGGGUGAAUUAUUUUGUAACUCCUCCGUUUAAAUUAUAUUAAGCCUUAAAGUUUUGCAUAAUUAAGGGCGUGGCCACUUGAGUGGCUUUUGAACUGCCACUGCUGUCACUAAAGUCAAGCUAGGGUGGCGUGGUUUCAGCAACCAGCCACCUCAGCUUCACCCAUGUCCAGUCUCUCUACUCAUUUUCGGAUAUCCGUGAGUGAUGCGCGGUCAGUGUUGGGUAAGUUACUUCAAAAAAGUAAUUAAUUACUGCGGAACGGCGGCGGAGUCAAUCGGUUUCCAUUCAAUUCAAUGUGUGUAUUUCCACUGACUGCGUUCCGAAUCCGUCACAGCUCCGGCCAUCCGCAGCCCUCUGGCACAAAUACGCAGAGCUUCUAUUUUUGACGGAUGCCGGACAGCUCCGCAGGGCGGAGCCAUGAAUUUAUCGCGUGAUCAUACCUGAAUUCACGAGAUCUCAUGUUCGUAUCUGGGCUGGUUUGUAAUAACGUCAUAAUUCAACGUCAUAACGGGCGGAGACAGAACUAGAUAUCGCGCGAUCUUCAUGUGAAUUUGCGAGAACUCACGGGUCCACGUCACUUCAGCACACAGCCGCUCUGCAACAAAUACGGAUCCGGUGGGUAUUGACGGACGGCCGAGUGCGGAGCCGUAACGCUGCGGACCCGCUCUGCAGCUGUUCCGCAGUCGGUGGAAAUUCGGGGUAAGAUCAUCCCGCAGUGCCAGCGUCCUGGACAUUAGAACCUCCAGAGUUGGAAGAAGGGUUCCAAAAUAGCAGUUCUCUUCUCCUUGCAAUAGGGACUUUAAGCAACAGCUGGGAAUGGAACGGCUACGGCGACCGGAAGUAUGCUGUCACACCGCCGUAGCCAAGAACGUAAAAAUCACUAAGCAACCGUAAACAGGACAGCGCAACGCGGCAUUUAUUAAUUUACUGAGAUACAAAAAAAUUUCAUUUAAAAAACAAGAGAAGAAUUGCUUUUGGCAUUAAAUGACUUUUUUUGUCAGAUAAAGGGUUUUUCCUAUUGUAUGAUGUAUAAGUCUAAAAACCUAGAUUUAAGCAAUACUUGAAAACGUUGAAUACUUAAAAAUCGUUUAAAUUAGCUUAAAUUUAAAACAUUUUAACACAUAUUAUAUAAAAGACUUGUGGUACAAUCAUAAACUGAUGCAAUUAAAAUGUCAUAUGCCAUAAAACAACAUUUAUUUACAUUAUCUCUCACGUUGUAGCGACUACGGCAAAUCAGCUGUUCUCCCGUAGUAGACCGUUACAGUAGAACGUCGCAAAGUAGCAGUUAAAUUCGCGCAUGCGCAAUACAACGUCAGAAUGCAGUUGCCGUUCCACCAGAGGCUGUUGCUUAAAGUCCCUAAUAUGUCUAGUGCUACAGUGAGUGGCUUUAACACAAUACAAUAUUUCUUUAGAAACAGAUACUCCCGAUCAGUGAAGCAUUUUAUUCCAAACUGAGUGCAAACAGUAUUUAACUCAGCAACCGGCGCGCGAAGCUGCGAAAUCACGCGCAGCUGCACUACGGCUAACGAUUUUAAAGAGUCCGCGUUCACUUUUUUCCUUUAGAAGAAAAAUUGUGAUUUAAAAUUAAAUAAUGAUUCAAUUAGAACUGUUGAACCAAUUUACAAUAUGUAACGCAAGUACAUUAUAAGUAACUGUAAUUAAAUUAUCUAAAAAUGAACAGUAAUGCCUUAUUUUACUUUUUCAGUGAAAAAGUAAUUUAAAUACAGUUACUUAGUAACGCAUUACACCCAACACUGUGAGCGGUAACGCGUGUGCAAGAUGGCGACAGCAGGCACCGCCUACUUUAAGCUUAAAAAAUUAUAUUUAGAAACCUAUGGGUGACAUCACAGACACUACGGCCAUAUUUUUUACAGUCUGUGGCGCUCGCGCAUCAUAUCAAUGUACUUUGGGUAACAAUAAUGUCCUCUCUCAUUUGUCAGUAAAAUAGCGCCUUGAAGUCUUAAAUCAAUUUUAACAGAAAUAAAAACACACUUUUUAUUAUAGAAUACAAUCUGCACAAACAAGUUGACAGUAAAAUUUAUGUGCAUGUUUUCAUUUAGUCAUUUAUUCAAAGCGACUUAUAAAUAAGGUAAACAAUAGAAGCAAUUAGAGCAACACAAGAACAGCAAAACAUAAGUGCAAUAAAACUACAAAUCCAGAUUAGGUACAUGAUAGCGAUUAUUUUCCCUUUUUGGAAUGGCACCACAAUACGUAGCUUGUUGGCAGAGCGCAGGCAGAGGUGCAAAAAUGAGUUAUGCAGUAUAUGCAGUGCAUGGGGCACAGCACGAGGGGGGGCGCCAUUGUGCCAAAGUGUUUAAAAAAUGCUAAAUAGAAUAAAUAACAUUUAUUAACUUUAUUUUAAAAAGUUUAUUGGUUAAAUAUAAUGAAAUUAAUUUUAAAUAAGUUAAUAUAUUAUUGUAUUAUAUCAAGUGUCAACUGCUAACCCUUAGCGUAGACAGUCACAUGACUCAAAACACGAGUUAUUAGGGACGCGUUCUGGGGCAGCAGAAGAGCAGAACUGAAAGUGGGAAAAUUAAAAACAGAGCAGUAAUGUGACUACAGCGAUGUAUAUCUCUGUGUAUAAACAAAGAUCAGUAAACCUAAUCUAUCAUUUUUAACCCCUGUCUUCGAGUUCACUGAUCCUCCAACCAUCAAGCACAAACUUAUUGAGGUCUUCGGUUAAUGCAGACAAGCAGCUGGCAUCAGAAAGCAUUAAUGUGAGUGAACUCUUCAUUCAGAUAUAAUUUCAUAAUUUUCUUAUUCAUAUGGUAUGAUUAGAACAAUAAUUUGCACCAAUUACGUUUUAGCAAAAUUCUUUACUUACUUACUUACUUACUGCCUGUUAUGCCACUCCUGUCUGUUCUGGGCCAGCUUCUGAAUGGUACCCCAAGUGUGGUUCAUGUUCUUUAAUUCUCCUUUUACUGUCCGGCGCCAGGUGUUCUUUCGUCUGCCUCUCUUGCAUUUGCCCUGUGGUGUCCAGUGAAGGGCUGUGCGCGUAAUAUUUUCUUGUUCUCUCCUUUGCAAGUGCCCAAUACACCUCCAUCUUCUUUUCAUGAUGAUGGUCCCAACUGAUGACUGUCCUGAUUGCAACAAGCAAGCAAUUGCUCAUUAGAGAUGGUGUUUGGCCAGAAAAUUCUUAUGAUUCUCCUCAAAUUCUUUGUAUGGAAAACGGAAAGCUUAUUCAAGUCACUGUCGGUUAUCCUUCAGCACUCUGAGCCAUAUAACAGGAUGGAAAGCACACAGCUCUGGUACAAUUUCAGCUUGGUCUUUAUACUAUACUGCUUGGAUCUCCAAACACUAUUCAGCAUUCUAAGGGCAUUUCUGGCUUUGCCAAGACGAUUCUUUAUGUCAAUGUCCGCUCUUCCAUCAUAUCGGAAAAUGCUGCCAAAAUAGGUCAAUUCUGUGGUCAUUGGAAGAUUUUUUCCAUUUACCUGCACUUGUAAGGGAUUUGGGAUGUUGAGUGUCAUCACCUCUGUCUUCUACAGGUUGAUCCUCAAGCCUGUUCAGCAUAUGUAUUGAUGCGGUAUGUCUUCUCCUGGAUGUGCUGAUGUGUGUGGGAGAUCAGAUGCGAUCAUCAAUCAUCAGCAAAGUCUAGAUCUUCAAGUGUAGAGCUGAGGGUCCAUCUCAGACCGCUUGUCUGUUUUUCAGUAGUUCUCCGCAUUACCCAGUCAAUGGCAAUGUUAAAAAGGAAUGCUGACAUCACACAGCCUUGCUUCACACCAGUCUUCACAUAAAAACGCUGGUCGCUGUUUACUACCUUGCAUUUGAAGUUGUUGUUAAAGCUUUUAAUGAGAAGGAUGAUGUCUUGUGGUAUUUCAUAUUAUGGACGCUGUCAAAGGCUUUCUCAAAAUCUACAAAAUUAAUGUAUAGUGCCAUUCAGUGCACUGUUUAAUGAUAUUCCGCAGUACAAAAAUCUGAUCUGUUCCUUUCCGAGGUAUUGGUCAACUGCACCUGAUAGUCGCUGGAUUAUAAAUUUUGCUAGGAUCUCGCUUGGUAUAGACAAAAGAGUUAUUCCACGCCAGUUGUUACAGUUGCUAAGGGUUCCUUUCUUGAGGAUCUUCACAAUUAUGCCAGUCUGUUGGUAUCUGUCUUUCUUUCCAUAUUGCUGUAAAUAGUGGGAGAAGCACUUUGGCAGCAAGCUCUGGGUCUGCCUUGAACCGUUCUGCAUUAAAUUUGUCAUGUCCAGGGGCUUUUCUGUUUUUAAGAGACAUUAUAGUUGCAACAAUCUCUUCCUUCUUGAAUUCAAUUCAAUUCAGUAUUGAUGUCGAGAUCAUGCUCUGCUUCCUGAAUGUCAACGUUUGAUGGUGGUGGUGGCCUGUUUAAAACCUCACAAAAGAACUCAUCCCAGCAGGCGUAAAUUUCUUUUUCUGAUGUUAGUAGUCGCCUGUUUUUGUCUGUAAUUGGUAUGUCUUUAGUUCCACAACAUUUGCCACAGAUUACCUUGGUUAUUUUGUACACCUUUCCUUGUUCUUCCUUGCUAGCUGCUUCUUCAGCCUGGCUUGCAAGGUCAUCCAUAAAGGCUCUUUUGUCUGAUCUUACCAAUCUCUUCACUUCUCUUUCUGCUUGUUGAUAGCUUAGCUUUUUUCUCUCUUUCAGUCUCUCUGAUGUAACGUCUAAAAGCUGUUUCUUCAACCCUCUCCUGGUACUUACGGCCUUCCAAGUCUCUUCUUUGAUCCAUUCUUUUCUUUUCUUUUGUACCCAAGCAUACUUCGCUGGUCUGAAGAUAAGCUGCUUUAAGAUGCUCCCAUCUGGUGUUUACAUCGAUUUCAUCUUUAUUAUGAUUUUAUACAUUUUGUCAACUUUUUACAAGCAAAACUUAAAAUGGUAGGUUGAAUUGACUUGCACAACUAAGUUGUUUUAACUUUUUUUACACUAUACUGUAAUUGUCUGUAUGUUGGGGUUCCUCAGUCUUGCGUUUCCCAUCUGCAGUUAGUCCAUAACGCCGCAGCUCAGCGUCUAACUGGAAAGUGCAAAUGUGAAAGUAUUACAUUGGUCUGACUUCUUUGGCUUCCAGUAAAGUAUAGACCGUUUCAGCAGUAACAACAUAAACAAGCGGCUGCACGUAGCUUCCGGUAAACUCCGCUAAGAAUAAAUAACAACAAAGUUCUUUAAACGUAGUUUAUUUAUAUAACAAGCAAAAAAAAACAACACAUAGGUUACCUAGGAAACCAAAACAUUUGUUAUUUUCGACGAGGCAUUUUUUCAAGAGAUCAGUUUAGCAACUAGUCAGAGCAUUAAAAAAACGAAACCGGAAGUAAGGUUCGGAUCCAGACGUGUAUCACGUGCUUCCAAUAAAACCGUCUAUAGAAUUGAUUUUAAAAUCCUACUGUUUGUUUUUAAAUGUCUUCACAAUCUGACCCCAAUAUACUUAACCGAGCUGUUAGACUCAUUCUUGAGUUAAGAUUGCUUAGAUCUACUAAUUCUGACCUGCUGCAUGUUAGGACAAGGUUAAAAAUAUGAGGUGAAUAGUCUCCCCUCUCACAUCAGAACUACCACAACUCUGUCUGUCUUUAAAUCCACUAUAAAGACCUAAAUACAUCUUCUCAUUGGCAUGUUAUAUCCCUUAACAAGUCUUUGACCUUGUUUCUUUUUUAAGUAGGCCUAAUUCUUGUUGCUGCUACCCAUCAGUCUCAAAAAAUGAUGUACCUAUCGCCACGUACUUUUUUAUUCUUUCUCGUGAUACUGUCACAAAUUUCUGCGUUUUUUGUGAUCGUAUCACGAAUUUCUGUUUAUGUGUCAUUAUCACAUGUUGGUUACUCAACUGCUUUUUCCUAUUUUCAAACCAUUUUUGCUUCGGUUUAGGUUUAGAUUUGGUGUUUGUGUUAGGAUGUCACUUUAAGUAUUGGUUUAUACUAUUUUUUUCUAAUUUUUUUUUAUUUUCUAAAUUUCAAAACAUUGUCACCUGGCGUUAGGUUUAGAGUUGGGUUUGGGUAAGGAUGUCAUUUUAUGUAAAUCUAACCCUAUACCAAAGCGACAAUGG